AAUACUUCUACAAUGGCUCCAUCUAUUGUUUCAACCAAGGACCUUUAGGUUGGACAGACGCAGAAAACAAAUGCAUUGAGGAUGGGUCAACACUGGUUGCCAUAGAAACUGAAGACGAGCAAACAGCCUUGGUCAACUACUUGCUGAAUAAUGGCGAGCUUCGUGAUAAACCUUUUCACAUUGGCCUGACUGAUAGAGCUGAGGAAAACCAAUUCAUCUGGCUCGGAUCGUUGGUACAGGUUACCUACUCUUACUGGAAGGCAGGGGUUUGCCAUGGCAACGAAUGUCCCAAAUCGAUUGGUUAUGUCCCACCAUUGAAAGGUAACCAAGGGAAUUGGAUCAACGUACUCACUGAUUUGAAAAUUCCCUGUCCCGGGUACAUCAUUGGUUGGGAAUACCAACGGGUUACCAAUAGCGAGCCAUUCUGGAUAGCUGUGUUAACACCAUUGGGUAGCAUGCUAUACACUGUGCGACAUAUAGUAAAGGUUCCAGUUACACAUCUAGGACUAAAUCGACUUAGAAGUCCAAAUCUGAAGGUGGAGCAUGGUGAUGUUUUAUCUGUGAUAUUCGCACAUCAAACCAUUGUAGGGGGGAUAGCGAACGAGAUUAGUAACGCCCAAUCCCCUGUGUUGAAGCCAGAACAAUACUAUAAAGUUUUACAGAAUGGGCGAUAUUUCGUUGACGACACCACCGUUGGAGACGUUCUCAAUAUGAAUCCCAGUGAUCUCUAUAUAAGAGGCUAUGCAUUGAGACCGCUGCUUUCCUACGAUAAUCCAUCAGAAAUUAUAUCUACUGCAACAAAGGUGGCGACACACUCGACCAUCGUUGAUCAUGUAAUCAAUGAAUUGACGUGCAGAAGUAAAAUAGAGUGCGCUAUGAUUUGCCUUAAAGAUAUCCGUUGUCUUACCUAUAGUUACACUAAGUUGACGAGGAAGUGUGUGUUGCAUGAUGUCGACGACAAUGACAACUCUUUGAUUAAAUCAAAGCCUGGAGCAGAUUUAUAUUCCAUUAUACUAUG